AUGGCCGCCCUUCAGGAACAGAAGCCUCUUUCUGGCCUUGCGCUCUACUCGCGCUUCGCCUUCGCUGGUGCCAUGUGCUGUUCCAUCACUCACGGAGCUGUCACUCCUCUUGAUGUCGUCAAGACCCGCAUGCAGCUCGACCCCGCCACCUACAACCGUGGCAUGGUCGGUAGCUUCAAGCAGGUCAUCCAGAACGAGGGUGCUGGCGCUCUUCUGACUGGUUUCGGUCCUACCUUCGCCGGUUACUUCCUCCAGGGUGCCCUGAAGUUCGGAGGUUACGAGUUCUUCAAGCAGCAGGCUAUCAACCAGAUCGGCUACGAGAACGCUGCCAACAACCGCACUGCUGUCUACCUGGCCUCCUCCGCCUGCGCCGAGUUCAUGGCCGACAUUGCCCUCUGCCCCCUCGAGGCCACCCGUAUCCGUCUCGUCUCCCAGCCUUCCUUCGCUAACGGCCUCAUUGGUGGUGCCGGCCGUAUCUUCAAGGAGGAGGGCCUCGCUGCCUUCUACUCCGGAUUCGGACCCAUUCUGUUCAAGCAGGUCCCCUACACCAUGGCCAAGUUCGUCGUCUUCGAGAAGGUCUCCGAGGCUGUCUACAAGAAGGUCAACAAGGACACCAUCUCCGACGGUGCUAAGACUGGUAUCAACCUUGGUUCCGGUCUCGUUGCUGGUCUUGCUGCCGCCAUUGUUUCCCAGCCCGCCGACACCAUGCUCUCCAAGAUCAACAAGACCCAGGGUGCUCCCGGUGAGGGAACCAUCUCCCGCCUCGUGAAGAUCGGAAAAGAGCUCGGUCUCCGUGGCUCCUACUCCGGUAUCGGUCUCCGUCUCUUCAUGGUCGGUUCCCUGACUGCCGGUCAGUUCGCCAUCUACGGUGACAUCAAGCGUGUUCUCGGUGCCACCGGUGGUGUUGAGAUCAGCAAAUAG